AUGAAGCACAACGGUCCGUCAACGGCACGCACUGGAGCAGCAUUAGAAGACUCAGAUGAGUGGAUAAUAGAGCUACUUAAGAGAGAAGCACUGGUUAAAGAACAGGCAUCGGCAACAGUCGGGAUCCAAGCAUUUCUCCCAGAAAAACAAAGAGAUACGCCACCAGUACGGUCACUGAACAAACGGUUUCUUACAAAGAUGGUUCGAAAUAUAAAUGCACAUAAUGCAGCUCUUAUCCAAAGAGAAACACAAGAAGCAACACAGCGGCUACAUAAGCUCGAUAAACACACAGGUCAUGAGAUAGGGAGGCAUUUGGGAGGAGGUCAAGGAUCAUUUUCAAGAAAAAAAGGACGUUCUAUUGCAUUUGUUAAGGAACAAUAUUCAGAAUCAAGCAGAAGCUCAAGAAAAAAUUCAAAUGAGACACAGAAAAAAAUAUCAAGUAAAAUAGUAGAUGAAGCACCCAAUAGCAGGAAGAAAACAAAUAUAAUAAAUAAUACGAGUCAAAAUAAAUGUAUUAAGGAAAAUAUUUUUCCAGAUCAACCAUGGUCGCCUUCAAUUGGACUGUCUGUACCUUCAAUAUAUAAUUGUCGUGAUGAUACACCGUCGUCAGGAACAUUAAUGCUUAAUUCUCACUUUGAUCCAAAUUAUGAUCCAAAACUCGAUGUAGCAGUAUCGUCAGAUGAAAGUGAUGAUUGGGCAGUGAGUUUGAGGGCUGUAAAAGAUAUUGCACAGUGGAAAAAACAGAGGGCACAAAGACUAACAGAAACAGGAUUUUCUAGUAAUAUGGUAUCGCAAAUAACAGAUGAAAUGGCAUUUCCAGUAUAUAAAAAAGGGUUAAGAGAGUGGGACAGAGGAAAAGUGGUUUUGGAAAAUGGGGAAAUUGAAACAAAAGCACUUGGAUGGGGAAAAACAUAA